AUUCCAAUGGCUGUGUUUAUUGGUGGAAAUACCAGUCAAUCUGGCGUGCUACUGCAAAUUGCAAUGAACGACGGCCAUUUAUUUGCAUGAGAAAAGGUUGGUUUGCAUGUUAUGUCAUUUGAUUAUUUGAAUAAGCUUUUAGGGCAGUUUCCAGUGAAAAUUAAUUUCAAAAAACAUCCACGAGUGAAUAUAAAGUAUGUUACAAAGAAUAUUAUAAUCGCGUGAGGUGAUGGUCGAGCGUAAUGGCUAAUGCUUGCUGAGGUCUUAAAAACUCAAAAGUACAUGUUUUUCAAAUUGGACAAAAAUUCAUACCAUAUACUUACCAAUAAUAUAUAUUAAAAAGUAAACUAAUUGCGAGAUGAAGACAACUUUUUCUUUAGAAAGAUUGUGUGUAUUAAGGUGGCUCCCUACAGUUAUAGUACAGUUUAAAACAUAUUUAUAUAGAUCAGAGACCGGUUGUACGAAAGGCUAUAUCCACCGUUUAACUCGCUAUCCGCCGGAUACAAUUUAAACGCUCCAGAAAUCGCGUUGUAGGAAGCCCGUGACGGUGACCUUGAGACCGUUUAAAUCGCUACCACCGGCGGAUAAACUCUGAGUUUGAAGACAUGCACAACAAUGAGUAUUUCGGAUCAUGGAAGUGUGCUGGAUAGUGAUAGAAAUGCAAUAAUCCUGUUAAGGAGUCAACUUCUUAACGCACUGAAUUUUUAAGUUACGAGUUGUCUGAUACAAAUAGUUAAACUCUAGAUUCUAGUUGAACGUUUUGAAAAAGUUUUCACACCGAUUUUCAUAACAAGUUAUGAAACGUUGGAUUAUUUAAUGCGAUAUUGUGUUCUCAAUUUUCCGUAUUUUGAAUAUAUAUAUCUUUUAUUUUCAUCUCAAAUAUGUAAAAAAAUAUCUGUUUAAUGUAUGUAAUUUAUGCAAACUCAAAGUGAAAAUUACAGAAAAAGCCAUCGUUAAACCACAAGCGUUCGUGUUGUUCACGAAUUAUAAUUUGCACGCAUGCGCAAAUAGUGAUCAUCUCGAAUCGAUAUUCACUGACGUCAGCAGCUUCCACUGGACUUCAGGGCUAUUUUUGUCGCGUUUCCUUCCAUGAAAUUUUUUAAACUUUGCAUAUUUGCUAAACAUGACGAUUAGUAAAACAUCAAAAUUUCAUGAAAUUCCACAAAACAGAUUUUCUGUAGUCAUUAUUCAUGAAUAUCUCGAAAUAUGCCUUAUAAACCUCCCUUCAAAUUUUAAUUUGUUAUUCCUCUAUCAACCAUAAAAUUUUAAAAAAACAUUUCAGAAAAUUUGACCGGAUGGACUAAAACGAUAUUGUCGUUUUGUUGUGAAAUUAGACAAUAAAAGUGUAAUAGAUAAAACGUCAUAUCGGCAGCACAAGAACUUUCCUCGAAAUGAUCAUAUUGCCCUGUCUUAAGUAUAUUCAACAUACUGAAUUUGGUUGAAAAUGAGUGUUACCUAAAAUACUUAAAAUUUUGGAAAACUCUAAGGAGCCAGUAUAUAUCAAGACUAAAAGUUCGUAUGAAAAACGUUUCUCUAUAGUUCUCUGAUUUGCUCAUAAUUCAGGGUUUAUUUUAACGUGCAGUUCUACACAAAAUGUGCAGUUCUAAACCCAUUUGUGCAGUUCUUAAAACACAAAUGUGCAGUCACCAAACUAACAAAAAUAGCCUUAAUUAAAACAGUCUUCUCAUUUACUCGUUACCCUUGUGGAUGCUCCAGAAAAUUCUAGAAAUGCUAUCAUUAAAUUAGCAUAAAAAAUAUAAACGUUUUCUGAGGGAGGACUCCAGACCCUCCUAUUUUCCUCACAAAUCACGUACGUGCUGGGGUAAUGGAAAAGAAGGUAAAAUUGGGGCGAGCGAAGCUCCCUAAAAGAGAUUAGAGUGGGAGAACCUAAUAUUCUUUGCUGCCUCAAAUGUAAAUUUAAGGUUGUUAUAUAUUGAAAAUCCAUGAUUCCCAGUUACAUGUUUUAAAAACAUGUUACAUGUUCAAACACAUGUUGCCUUCGUAACAUCCCUAUAUGUGCAGUUCUAAAUUUUUCUUAAAAUAAACCCUGGCUCAUAUUAAUACUGGUGGUUGUAACUAUGGCCCCGUUUACACUGUACCGCACUAUACCGGAUUCGCUGGUCACGACAUCAGUUUUAACUGUCGAUGAAAUAACCUAAUAAACAUUUAUAAUGGUAGUAACAAACAUACAGACGUUAUCGAAAGAGUAACCUUUGUUGUUAAACGUUCCUCCUGGACAGCAAACGAAGAUGUUGUGACCAGCGAAUCCGGUACAGUGUAAACGGGGUCUAUCUUGUUACGGUACCACCAUGCAUGCUUUAAUUUGCAUAUAAGUAAUGGUAUGCUUCAUUUACAACACAGCUGCUAAUAUAUCAGCCGUUCUGCACGAAUAGUAAACCACUAGAAACAAUUGCUUACUCCGCAUAUAAAAUUACCCUUUAUCUCAAUAUCCCAACAAGUUAAUGGAUUGCUGAUGUUGUGAACAAUAUUACUUACACAAGUUCUUUGAAUGUUUGCAUGGCGAUAAAAUAUAAUUGUUUUUGUUUGUGGAAACACCACGUAAAUUUAUUACUGCAAAGCUUUCGAUCCGUAAGCCCGGAUCUUCAUCAGUGCUAAUAAUAUGACAUAUUAUUAGCACUGAUGAAGAUCCGGGCUUACGGAUCGAAAGCUUUGCAGUAAUAAAUUUACGUGGUGUUUCCACAAACAAAAACAAUUAAUAUUACCUACAUAAGUACGAUUCUGCAAUACUGGAUAUGUUAAAAAUUAUUAUUUAAAAUAUCGCGAUGACCGGUUGGAUGAAUGUAGAUUACAUUACAUAUUUAACCUAUUAACUGUACAUGCAGUAAAUAUUUACUCUUGCUACUCUAGACCCUACUGCUCCUACAUAUGAUGCAGCUAACAAAUUAAAAUUUGGUCUAGUCGGAAAUGGUGUCACUGGGGGUAUGUAUUCUCUUUCUGCCUGAUCUUUUUUUAAUAAUGUCUGCACGUGUUCUAAAUGGAUUAAUUGUUUCCAAGGUAUAUUAGAAAAGCAAGCUUAACCUGGGUUGGGCAUACGGAUUGACUAGGAAAUUCAUUCUUCCCCCCUCUCCCAAUUUGCUCAUAUUGUGAAUCGUAUAAUUUCUAACAUUUUGCCAUGAUAUAUAGAAUGAUGAAAAAUACUAAGUUGUGCGUAUCGUUAACAAGCGUACAACCAAAUGUUGUGUAUGGAACAUAACAUUUGGUUGUACGCUUGUUAACGAUACGCACAACUUAGUAUUUUUCAUCAUUCCAUACAAAGAACCGUGAAAGGAUUUAUAAGGAUUGAAUAAUUUACACAUACAAAUAUGUAUUUUAAAUUGUGCAUUUCAAAAAAUAAAAUUGCAGUUAAAACAUUUGAAUUUGGUUGAUUGCUUUGAUAAAUCUCACACGAAGCGAAGCAUGAAACAACUUGUUCGUUCUUAUAAGAUGGCCGAACCAAACACUGAAGUCAUCAAAAAUAAUUCCUUCCAAUGCGGUGCUUAAUGCUUAUAACCAUAAAUUUGUUUCUUUAUUCAGUGUGGAUGAGCAGUGCCACCCACUACUGGCCUCUUUCUAACGUUGACAAUGGAAGCAUAGCUGGAACUAUAGAUGGUCGAGCAUUUGGAAACAUUAAGGUCAUAACUGGUGUGAAAGAUAAGCCCGACAGUGCUUUACAGUUCUCAGAGUCUGGCAUGUACAUUGAUGUUCCAUUUUACGCGCAAGAUUGCUUAACCUUUCCGGACACCUGUCCUUCGAAACAUCUGACACUUUCGUUUAUGGCUUCGUUCGAUGCAACUGCGGCAAAUUGGCAGAACGUUGCGAUUUUGGAUUCUUUGGGAGGAAAUAAAGAGAACUCCACUGGAAUAUCUGUUACUAUUAAUCAACAGAAACUGGUCUUCGUGGUUUCUUAUGUUGACAGAUUGUGGACGGUCAGCAUACCUAUUGAGGGCGAUGGAGUUUGGCGUCAUUAUGUUAUGACUUGUUCUCCAAUUGCUAUAGAAGUUCUUGUGAACGGGAAAAGUGCUAUUUCAAGGUUAGUAACUAUACUAUAUCAACAAUACCACCAUGCAGAAAAGUGAGAGAUUAGUGACUAUAUAACUAUAUAUAACUAUAUUUAUUAGCAUUCUUCAUUUCAUUAAAAAAACACUAAGGGAAAUGGUUUCAUAUACACUCAGAGUAACAUCACACAAACAACUAAGGGAAAAGGUUUCAUAUUAUACCAAUCCGGCAAAAGAGAGGCCCCUGAAAUAGAAAUUAAGUGAUUUUGUAAUAUUUAAAUAAAGAUAGGAAGUUUCAAAAAGCUUCAUAUGAAGUACGCAAAUCGUAAAAGUACAAAAAGUUGAAUUUUCUAUUACCAAGCCUCAAAUUUAACUACAAAGCCUCUGCGGAGGAGAGUGAACCCACUCCCCGUCGACGGUCGUGGCGGGUAGGUUAUUGGGCCCUUUUGAGCUGGUGUCGAGUCCUCGUAGCACAAUGUUACGCCAGUAGAAUGUACAGGCACAUGAAUAUAUAAGUUAAUUAAAUGAGACUACUAACUCACUGUGCACGAAAGUAGCAUAAUGUCGGUGCUGGAUAUUCAAAUUUUUGUACGAGUGUGCCUUGUGUGGCAAUCACGACUACUUUCGAGGAAACAGAUAAAGGAUCGAUGUUCCCUGCAAUUAUCCGUAGAAUUUAGUCAGACGUCAUUCUCUCGUCCUGUGCGUGGAAAAUUCGUGGUCUUUUUUACACAAGUCGGCGAAAUAAAUUUUGAGUGGCUGUCUUGAAAAGAACGACUCAACGACACCAAUACUUUUUAAAUCAAGUCAUUUUUUGUUCAAGUAAUUCCUAUGCAUUGUAUGUGAAAGCUUCUUAGUUAAACUAAAAGGAAAGCAAAUUAUUUUCAUUUGCGUCCUUUCCGAAUUAAAUUUAUUUCAUUUUGAAAGUGCGAGUAAUAAGUUGAAGCUCGAGUUGAAUGUGUAUAAAUAUCGCCAAUAAACAGUUAAUUUCAAUUCACAUUUAAAAACGUUUUACGUAGAGUUUCGUUUUGAAGUUUACAUUAAAAUAAAGCCCAUAAAAACAAAAUAAUAUACCUACUUUAUAUAUUUUAGAAAAUGAUAGUUCUGUUUCAUCUAUUUUUUGCAGGUUUGUGCAAAAAAUUAAAAAAAACAAUUAUCGUGUUGACAUGACUAACAUGACAUGAGCAACGUGAGCGUUCAGUGACAGUGUUAGCGUAAUUACGAAUACUUCAUGUUAAAACAAUGUUUGGAAAAUAUAGGCGAGUGGGUGUUGCAUGCAUGUACAGUAUUUCUAGUUGAUAUGUGCUAACUAAUAUGACGUACAAUUCAACUUGAAUUGUCUAGUAUUUUAUUUGAUAUAAAGUAAAAAAGGAAAUAAAUGUCAAACCACACGCGAGAAAGUACACAAAAUAUUUUUCUGACGUCAUACACACUAAAACUAACUGUAUUUUUCUCGUGUUUCCUUCGGUGUUUUAAAACUUGAUGUACUUUGUACACUGUACAGCAAUCAUAAAAUGCACAAUUCCAUAAAGUAUGCGCGCUUAAAAACAAAAUCGUAUAGGAGCCGUUUUUUUAUUUUGAAAAGCAAUAUUUUGAGUCACUAGCUCACGGCCUACACGGUUUUGGAGAAAAAUUGGCUAACUGUAGGCCAUUGAGCUUCAAGUGUGGAAACAAUAAAGUUUCGCCCGCGAAGAAAAUAGUCAAAAAAAUCAAAGAAGGAAUGCAAAAAUACGAUCUUUUCGAAAUUUCCUUGUUGCCAUGGCAACGAGAAUAUUUAACGACAUUUUUUUUGUUUUUCAUAAUCUUUACUAGCAUUUAGGCAAUGUUGUGUGGGAGUUUCGUUAUCAUAUCUUGCAAACUGAGGAAAUAAUAGGUCUAAAAGUACUGUUGUGCGCUAUGUCGGGAAUACUACAAGCUUUCGUUAGUAGGGAUAUUAUAACUACCUGAAAAAUAUAAGGAAUAUUUCGACGUUUCGAGGGAAUGCUCUUCGUCUGGAGUUACUGGGGAGGCUCCUUAAAUACCUAUAAUAUAUCCAUGGCGAUUCAUGUUGACAAUCUUACAGAUUGGGAACUUAUGUUUCCCUCAACAAUUAACAUGCCGAGGAAAGAGACAAAGAGUACUAUAUGAUUCUCUAUUUUUUUACUAUAAACUAAUUGACCGAAAAGCGCUUUGUAUAGGAAAAUCAAGUUGCGUCUAUAUCUGGAAUGCAAUUUUUGUUUUUGUGUUUUAGAGCCUAUGUACCAAAUCUCAGAAAAACGAUACAUUCUAAAAAUUUAAAAAGGAACUUUCAUAUUGGACUACAAACUGCUUCGAAAGUAUCGUCAGGUGCUCUUAAUUUGACUAUGUUGGCAUUCUGGGAAGGUAUUCUCCCCGAGAAAGAUAUUCAAGCAAUUUACAAGACCGGUAAGUAAUGCUUUUGCUGACCUCGAAAUUAUCUUGCCAUUACCAGAAGUCAGUUCGAACACAAUGGUAUCCACGUUUCAAAGCAUUCAAUUCCUUUAUCUAAUACAUGGUGGCGUGAUUUUUGCUAUAAUUUAUGUAUGGGAUCAUGGGAGAAAUUAAAAAGUAAUAUAGGUAAAAAUAUAAUAAUGUGUUUUAUCGCGAUUGUUUAAAUAUAUUUUCUGCAUAAAUAUGAGGAUUUUUGGGCAUCUCACUCGAUUGAACUCAUUUUGAAGGAUUUUGUAAAGCAUGGGUUCCAGUGUAAAUGUUACACUUAAUAUCAUUAAUCUACCUGAAGCGAGGGAGAUUCGGCGAAAUAUUACCCGAAGUGAUGCUCCCAAGGAAAAUAUCAUCACUGAGUGUAAUAUUUCGCCGAAUCCCCCGAGCGGAGGGUCUAUAAAUGAUAUAUUAUACCGAAACUAUAAGUUGAGAAUGUAAAACUUGCCUUGAAUGUAAAACGUCUCUAAGUUGAGAAUGUAAAACUUGCCACAUACCUUUGGCUUUGUGAAUACGAUGUUUUAUUUUUGAUUUAACGCAAAUAUCGUCGCUUUUCUUUUCACUAUUAUUUUGUUGGCCAUCUUGUGUUGCCUCGCGUGGUUAAUGCAAAUAAUGCUCAACCCCAUGUUCCCCAGGGAACAUGUGGUGGAACAUUGUCAAAAGGAACGCAGGCUCGCUAUAAUUGAUGACGUAAGACGUGAUAUCGCGAUUACUUUCAUGCUCACGUGCCACAAUCUGAGCUUUCUGAUUGGACAAGUUGAAGUUGAGGUAUAAUAUAUUUAUGUAUACCUUACCUAGCCUGCCAACAGGCUCUCAAGCUGAAUUGAGAGCCUGCAUCGAUGACUAAUGAAUUUGAAUAUCUGCGUCUCAAAUCGUGACGCGAAAUUCUCAUUGGUCAGAUGCUAUAAUUCAAAUGUUUCCGCGGUACUCUAUAUAUGUCAACUGUUGAAGCACUAUGCAUAAAAAACACAUUAACUGAUCAAAUUUGUCUUGGCCAUCUUAUCUCAAAGCACGAAAUGUUCUGUUUUGAGAAAACAGUAUUUAAAACAUUUAAAAACUUUUGCUUGAAUAUCUUACAUUUCGAAAAACAGUAUAAACUGUAUACGGUCUAAAUUUAGUUUGCACGAAAGUUGUUAAAACAACACCAUAUAAGGAUAGACAUUCCAUAUUUGGAAAAACGAACGUUACGGGGCAGAUAUUCAAAUUCAUUAGUCAUCGAUGCAGGUUCUCAAUUUAGCUUGAGAGCCUGUUCGCAGGCUAUACCUUACCAGGAGCAGAUGCAAAAAUGCAACUAUUGGCCCUCUGGUAGGAAUCGCAAUUAAGUAAAGUACCACCUAUGUAAAGCCAUAUAAUUAAUUCUACAGGCAUUAUUGGGUUAAAUAUAUCAAAGUUCGAUUGGUCGAAAAUGUAUUCUACCAUAUAAUUGCAAUAAAUAACAUUUUAUUCCAGUAAAUAAACUAAACUUGCCGUAUGUAUAUUAAAAUAUAAUAGCAAAAAUUACGUCACCCGUAAUUAUUGAAUGUGCUCAAACAAUUUCUAGUAAUGCUCAUGCACGCAUGUGAAUUGAGAAAGCUAGAGAGAUGAUAGCACAUUCUAUUGGCAUAAUUGCAGUUCAAAUUGUUAGACAAACAAAUAUCCUCUAUUAACGUUUCCCAUUGGACUGUAUAUUACUGUCUCUAAAUUUCUAAUGAAAUAAAUUUUGUUUUAGAAUUUGGUUGGUGUCCUAAUGGCUGGAUCGCAUUUGGAAUGUCUUGCUACGAAUUUACUACAGGCGGAUCAUCAUGGAAUGAUGCUCGUUCACGAUGCCAGAGUUUAGGCGGAGACUUGGCUACGAUCAGUACGCCAGUGGAACAAGCACUGAUUACGGGACAAAUAAAAACAACGUCCUGGAUUGGUACGUAAGAUAACUAUAUAAAGGGUACUACGGACACCUAUUGCAUGGUUGCAUAUAAGAGCUCAAUAUAUAAAGUCCGAAAAUUUGGAGUCCAGCGUUGGGCGGGAAGUUGGAUAUAUAAACUUUUUGGAUAUUCCUCGAGAAAAAAUAUAUUUAUUGAUAUUUUGAUUGGAAGCGUUGAGAAUUAUAUUUUUAUUUAUCUGUUUAGCUUGAGUAACUGCAUGUCGAGGAAUUUUUAAGAAGUGUAUGAAUACAUAUAAUAUACAGUACAUGCAGUAUCAAUUUUGCAUCCAAUUUAGACCAAAAUUAGUUUAUCCCCCUAUCAUGGAUCUAUGCAGCUGUUAGCUUUCAAUUUUGUAUGAAGUUAAUCGAUCGUUUUAGUAAAUGAAGAAACUUUAUUCAAAACAAAUACCAAUAUUGGUACAUCGAAUACCUACAUAUAUAUAUAUAUAUAUAUAUAUAUAUAUAUAUAUAUAUAUAUAUAUAUAUAUAUAUAUAUAUAUAUAUAUAUACUAUAUAUAUAUAUAUAUAUAUAUAUAUAUAUAUAUAUAUAUAUAUAUAUAUAUAUAUAUAUAUAUAUAUAUAUAUUAGUUAUAAAAUAUAAAAAAGACAUUACAGACUAACUCAUGCAAUAUAUCAAAAGUUCUAGUAUAUCGUAGCAAUAUUUUGAAGAUAAUUUCAGAAUAUUUCUAUCUUUCAUACUUAGUAUGUAUUGGAACAAACUUUGUGUAUCAAAAUAUUUAAAUCAUUGGUUAAUUUUAUAAACAGACUUAAUAAAAUUCUGUCGUAAAAUGUAAACAUUGUGUUACCACAUGACAUUAGGUAUAAUGUUGUUCAUUUCCAACUUCACCCUGAUUACAAUGUUUACAUUUUCUAUCACAGUAUAGGCAAUUUUACAUCGACCAAUUUCUACUGGUAAUCUGUGCGCUGAAACUCGUAAUCUUGGAGUUUGAAAAUUUUUCAAAGUCCUUCAUCUCUAAUUUACACAUUUUUAGCAAAUAUUGUAUGAAAACAAUUGGUUUUAGAUUCAAACGCAUGCAAACGUUUCUAGCUUCACCAGAUAACGUAAUAUUAAAUGCAAUCCCUUAGCUUCCCCGAGCUAAGCGGAAAAGUCGAAUACGAGCGCGAAAGGCUUAACACAGUACUAAAAUGCGGUAGGCGCUACCCCUACAAGUAAAGUUAUAUUUAGUACGCUACAUCCAGCCUAGACCUAGGCCUUCUAUUUUUAUUUAUAUUUUUUUAAUAUUCAGCGCUUUUUCACAUGAAAAGACUGGGACUAGGUGAUUUGGGGGCGGGGCGGAGGAAGGACGCAAGCGAAAAAAUAGAAGGCCUAGGGCGCUUUCCAUUUACUGGUCUGUUUCAUUCAACAAUUUGACCGUUCUGACCGGUUUGGCCGUGUUAAAGGAAAGCGCCCCUAGUGGAUUUCCCAACAAUAAGGACAAAACUGCCCUGAAACUGCCCUGCUUGCGAAAUGCCCAAUUAUUGCGUUCUCAACUAACAGAAUUAUUUGCAACUUAACAGCGAAUUUAAACCGAUACAGGUACAAUAAACUCAUUUAUAGUAUAAACUUACUAUUUUUAUUUGUAUACACGCCUAGAAAAUCGGGGUUUUAUCAUAAAGUUUGAAGAACACUAUUAUUAUGUCGACAAAGUGUCGGAGAAAGCUCAAAAUGAGUCAAAAUAUAUACCAAAAGUAGAAUCUUUCAUGAAAUAUUGUCUUAUACACAACUACAUUAAUAUAUAUUUUCUCAAUUUUGGCAAGAAGCAGCCUUGUGUUUGUAAAAUAUACAAACACAUAUAUACAAUUAUUAAGUAGAACGGAUACAUAUAUUAUUAACCCGUACAGUGUUAUACAACGUACAUUGUUUACAAAUGGUAUAUCCAUAAUACUUGAACAAUAAUGUCAAAAUCAUCAUUCCCGAUUCGCAAAUAUAGUUAUUCAAAGCAAAACAGUAGAUUGUCUUGCGAAUAAAAGAAUUAUUUCGAGUAUAAAUCAGUGUACAAAAUUGUUGCAACUUUAAAGGCCUUUAAAGAUGUUUCAGUAAGGUAAUUCCGCAGUAAUUGUUCCCGAAAUGAGAAUGUGCUGAAACUUCCCAGGCAUGGAGUUUAUGAUAUACUUAAAGUAAAAUAACACGAAAAAGUCGGGGUCACCGCACUCGUUAAGAAGAUAUGACAAUCACAAUAUACCACCUUUACCCCAAUAUGGCGCCAUCUUGACGCUCAUUACGAGCAACAGCAAAAUCACAACAGCCCGAUAUUUAUUGACGUUUUUAGAGCGGAUUUUGCUUUUAGUAAACCUAUCUUGUAAUUAUUUUUGAAAAAUAUUGUGUUUUGAGCGAAAUGAAACUACUAACGUGUAUAAUUGUGAUCCACAUGUACAAGUGUCUUUUCCACAUUUCUUGACAUAUCUUUCUUUGAGAACAUGCAUUGAUAAAGGAUUUUUUUCAAGAUCCAGAAAUGAUUUUUCUUUUAAUUUCGGAUAUGAAAUGUAAAAUGCAUUAAAGAAAUAAAUUAUAAGUUAAAAAACGGGGAUCACCGACUGAUCUUUUUAGGGAAUUGUGGCAUUAAAACGUGAAAUACAAGUAAAUAAAUAUACUAUAGGCUGCGCUACAUCCUCCUUCAAGACUGUCAGCCGCCAGUUGGUCCGUACGCUAGGAUUUAUAAACUGCGCUUUAAAACGUUCAAAAUAAACUUGUUUGGGCUUUUGGGCUCAAAAUACUAUCAAAAUGAAGAGAGAAGUGAGAGGAAUCCACUGGUAUACGGCCUAAAAAAGAGAAAACCAAUGCCACCAAAGUUAUCAAGGAUCAAACGUACUGCAUUUUUUUAUAAUUAGUUUAAUAAUUUUGAGCGAUUUGUCAACAAUACAAUUUCGCUUGAUUUUCAAAGACCAUAAAUCGCUAGAAUACUGCUGUUUAGUAAUACAUUUGACAUCCGUGAGUACAAUUUCUUACGCUGAAUCGAACGGUGGUAUUUUUAUCCUUAUUGCGCCAUUAGGCAUUACAAAUACAAUACAUGGACAAACGUAGUGCGACUGUGCGAGUGAUUUGUUAACAAAUAUAGUACGAACUUGCGAGCGAUUUGUCAACAAUACAAUUUCGCUUGAUUUUCAAAGGCCAUAAAUGAUAAAUCGCUAGAAUACUGGUGUUUAGUAAUACACUUGACAUCCGUAAGUACAAUUUCUUACGCUGAAUCGAACGGUGUCGCUUUCUUCUCAAAAUAUAAAGCAGCGCAGUCAAACGUAUAAACUUUUAUAAACUUGCGAAUUGCGAAGGUUGCUGUUUCCAUGCGAAAUUCCUUGUAAAAUUGUUCAAUUUUCCCGAAUUUUCCUCAAAAUGCAGGGUUAUUUAUGGAUAAUUUGGAUAAAAUUGGCAGGAGCCUUAUGGAUAAUUGGGGGGGUAUUAGGCAGCUCAUUAAUAUUCUAUUUUGUGACUAUCGACGAUCCACUAUCCGUGAUCCGUGAAGAGAUUAUUUCGCUGGCCUCAAAGUGACAAAACGUAACAAAGCAACGAUUUUACUGACACUAACCCUUCUCCAAACACCAACUCUAACCAUAACCCUAACCCUAACCUAACCCUACUCCAAAUUUGCCCUAAACCAAUCUUGAAGAAAACAAUUUCGACGAAAUGUCAUUCUGAGGUCGGCGAAAUAGUUGAUACCCCGUGACAAAUGCAUGCCGAAACCUAUACUCGCCUGGGCACAGCUGCCCCAGCGAGUAAUUGACUUGUAACAGGGCUAUAUUCAAAGGGAGCAGUCACUUUCCCGUUUUUCACAUGCAAUAAAAACGCCUUUUAAAAAUACAUGCAGAGACUGUUAGUACUUACCUUCAGUAGUUCACGUGCAACAGUAAAGUGAUUUCUAAAGUAAUAUAUUUAUGUUAUCUUAUAAUGAAAUAUUUUAUACGUCUAACAGGUCUCGUGGGAACACAACGCCGCUAUAGUCGCUUUAUCAGUCGUCGGCCAUAUAUCAGACGGCUAUAUCAACGCCGGCGUUUUCACACUAUUACUCCCACCACCGCCAUCAAGUUCAACUUUGUCUGGCAGAACCACUCCCCAGCUCGCUAUACAAACUGGCGGGCUCUUACAACAUAUUCAUACAGAGGUGCGCGCAUUUGUGUGUGUGCUCUCGGUAGCUCAGGAUCCUGGGCCAAGUAUCCAUGCACCUCGAAUCCUUCAUCUAUCUGCGAGAAGGAAAAAGGUAUGAUCUACUCUACAUUAUGUUAAUGGUAAUUCGCCUAUUUUAUCCAAGAGGCCUUGGUGAUAAGCUAUCCAGGAAAAAUGGCCCAAAAGAGUGCGUGGACCACACAAAAAACUGACCAAAAUAGGGGAAGCAUGCAAAAUAAAAAGUAUUCAAAUGCGCAACCUGUCAUGAAGCUUUGGUGUUCAUACUAUUUUUUAGGAUGGGCAGAGCUUGUUUGGGCACAUUAUUACUAUCCCCACUCCCGUGAUAGAAAUUUGAUUCCUUCUGUUUUUCGUUGUGGUUCUUGAAUUCAAUGAAUGAAAUUUUGUUUCCAGUGGUGAUGUCUUUGCGCAUGAUAAAAAUUGGGUAGCAUGGCAUGAGGUUAUUAUGUAAUAUAUGAACAACUUAUUAUCCAGUAAGUUAUAUUUAUGUUCAAUACUUUAGUUGCAUUUUCAUCAACGGCUGCAAAGCUCAGUCGAAUGUUGAUACGUUGUGAACAAUAUGCAAUGCGGACUAGCAGGGGCGGCGGAAAUUCGAUAAUUGGGGGGGGGCUGAUAUUCAUAUAUUCAUGUUCUGCAUCAUUUAUUUCCUUUGAAAGCGAUUGUUUUUACAGUCUGUGAACACGAAUAUAUGAAUAUCAGCCCCCACCCCCAAUUAUCGACUUUCCGCCGCCCCUGCGGACUAGCGGUCUUUCCAGAACAUUCUAUAAAUAUUCAAUAUAAAUAUAAUAUCUCAGUCAAACAAUAACAACAGUCAACAGGGGCCCCCACACCAAACAUGCCUAAAGGCCCCUCUUCCUCCUUUACGCCACUGAUGUCCUGGGACACCUAUAGACGAGAUCUCAGAUCGCAGAAACAGUAUUUCCUUGCCCGCAUUCCCGUACAACCUGUGGUAUAUUUUAAAACCAAAUCCAGUUAUCUAUGGUCAUUUAUUAGAAUAUUUUAACAGGCGAAAUGUUAUUCAAUUCCAUAUUUUCUUAUAGAUGAAACAAGAGCUGCUGUUAACACAACAAGUAAGGAAUAACUUAUACUUUGAUAUAUACUACUACUGCAUACCUACAUAACUACAUACCUACAUAACUACAUAACUGGUGUCUAUAGAUUACCAACUUUAAAACUCUUCGAAAAUGAUCUCAUAUUUUUCAAUGUUGAGGUCUGCAUUGCAUCGCGGGUUGUAUAUAACUCUUGGGAAAUUCAAAAUUUUUAAAAUCCUAAAAAUCAUGUUUAAAUAAUACAUUCUAGGUAUAUCAAAUGAUAUAUCCUCUUCCAACCUGCAUAUUUUUGCACCUCCCGUACCUGUAUUUGAAAAAAAAUGUGAACACCUCCAACCUCCCCUUCAACAACAACGACAACGACAACGACAACGACAACAAUAAUGAAUUAAUUUUUGUAUUGCACAUAUACGUGGCACGCGGGUAGCUAUAACUAUAUAGAAAUAGAAAACAAACUAUAACUAAACGAGUAAUGAUAUUAAAACAUCAAUCAUGUUUGUAGACAAACACGAUCACGAACAUGAUUCACAUACCCUAUACAACCUAGAUAGAUAAUUUAACCUUCAUCCACGAUUGCAGAUCACUUACAUUUAAAUGCUUUACAAUAUUAUGAUCUAAAGCUUUAAAUGUACAAUGUUGUCGUAACUUUAUUACAGUCGAGCGCAAGGGGUAGCACACAAUUCUUGCCACUGUCUAAACGCCAUCUAAUAUAUUGUUACCGGAUCUCGACUUUGUGUUGAUCGGUCGCUGUGCACGUCGGUCGGUUGGAGGCCAUGCGUUAUAGCUUUGGCUAAAAAUUUCAAUUAGAAAAUCAGUAAUAAAACCACUCCAAGUAGCAAAUGCUAAUUAGUUAACGUAAUAAACGGAAAAAUAAACGGUAAUUUUACGGCGCGGGUGUUAUGUUUCCAUAUACGUCAUCUAACUGAUCUUUUUUUUUUUUUUUAAAGAACUUUAUUGGGUCAUUAACAACUAUAUUUACAAUAAUUAUACAAACAACUAAUUGGGCAAAGAUACACUAAUUUAAAAUAACAACAAUAAAAGAACCCAAUUGGGAAAAGUGCGAACGGGACUCCAAGUCCCAUGCGGGGCACUUCCCCUAAGAAAAGUUUAUGUCCUAUGGCAGGAGCAAGCACGUACGAGGGUCCAUGUACACGGUUGAUCAACAUCAAAAAUUUGAGUAUUUAAAUUAUGAUACAUGAGUUUAAUUGAACAUUUGAAAGUUGAAAGACUCGAGAAACUAGAUGGGGGAAGUAUUUUACAGGUUGUGUUCCAUAGUUUAACUAUUCGAUUAAAGUAGGACGCUUGGAAUGUUCUGGUUUUACAAAAAGGAACUUUAAGAGUUAGAGAUGGAUUUUGACUAAGUCGGGUGCGAUCGCUAUUAACAAAAGAAACAAAAUCAUAAACGUUCAAAUCUAAGUGUUCAAAUAGCGCCUUGUAGAAAAAUACCAAGUCCUUAAUUUCCCUGUCGUAACAUAGUGGCAAUAGGUUAAGAGCUAUCAGCCUCUGUUGGUAAGGUAUCUCGCCUUGUUUGGAUUUCAGAAUCCAAGCGGUAGCUCUUCUUUGAAUUUUCUCAACCUUUGAUUUGAGAUGUAUGUUGACUGGAGACCAAACUUCUGUGGCGUAGCUGACUUGUGAUCGACCUGAUCCCGCUGCACUAAAUCACAUUCUUUCAAGAGUGAUACAUUUGAAAUAUAUCUGUUUAUGUUCAUAUAUAAUGAAGGCUAUAUGCGAGCGUUUAAGCCGCUUAUUCUAAUCAGGGCGCUGUUUUAAUGAAGAACAUGCAUGCUCCUUUCAGUUACGCGUUUUCCCUAUUAUACCUGCGUAUAAAAAUAAAAACUCACAGAAAAAUUAUGAAAAACGCGUAACUGGAAUACAGCCUUUAAACAACACGAAAUAAUUUAAUGUGUGCAUGUACCCAGUUGUUUUUUUCCCAUCUACAUGUAUAGGUACAUGUAGCUAUUGAGAUGCAUCAAGUUUCAGGAAGCACCUUUCUUGCAAAACUAACUCCAAAAGGCCAUAUUUAUAUAUAGUAUGAAAUUGACUCGAAAAUGGGAUAUAAACAAUUUUUCUUUUUCUUUAUAGUUGUCGAUGUUCCAAAAUUCACGAGAGUCUGUCAAUAUUCCCAUACUCUUCUUAGCUGUCCAAGUGGCUCGGUUAUAAAAAUCCAGCGUGGUUUUUGGGGAAGAAAACAACGUGAUCUCUGCAGAUUUGUUAGUAUUAUUGAUUGCGGCUUGGAUACUGAGCCUGCCAUAACUGACAAAUUGAGGAAACAAUGCGAUGGAUCAUCUAUUUGCAAAGUCGAAGCUUCAAAUGAUCCUAAACAUUUGGGAAAUCCAUGUUUGGGGGUUUACAAAUAUUUAGAAGUGAAUUAUACUUGCGGACUUAAAGGUAUAUAUAAUGUGACUGAUAUUAAUACUUCAGUCUUAAUAUUCUUUCUGACUAUCAGUACGUAAUAUCAUUAAUCAUAUAUAAGGCUACAAUUAUUAGCACAUGGUAUCCAUGCAACGUCCACUCCUGUAUACAAUUCAGAGGAAUUUGAUACCAACGUAACGCGUUACGGGAAUUCGCUAAAUCCGCCAUUUCCGAUGGUGGAUUAUUGCUGCCCUUUCCAGUCGUUAUUCAGCUUCGAGACAUUCUAUUUGUCAAAAUGUUUAUAUAAUCUCACUUUCAUUUUCAUUUUCUCGCAAGAAUACUAAUGUGGUAGAUUACUUACAUUUCAUAUGAUAUUUGCAGGAACCGUCAAAGAUCCGUGUCCGCCUGGCUGGAUUCGAAGUAAACACGACAGCGUAGCUUGUUAUCGUUUAAUUCCAUCAAAGAAAAGUUGGUCUGAUUCUGAAAAAACCUGCAAAGGAUAUGGUGCUAAACUUAUUAGCAUUAGAGACAAGUAAGUGUUCAUAAUCAUCGAUCGUCGUCAUGCAUCCCUGUGAUCACCAUGCAUAAAUAUCAUUACUACGUAUACCUGUUUAUAUCAUCACCAAUCCCCCGUGACCAACACCGUAUCCAUCUCGAUCCAUCUUCCACCGUUGCAACAGUGCCCGUCCAUGUAGUUUCAAUUUUUCUCUCAUGAAAUAGUAUUACUUUUAUUUUCCUCUUCUUGUGUUUUCGUCAAAGUCCAUUAAACAUGGCCGAUUUAGAACAACCAUGAGAUACCAACAGGUUUCAUAUUGUUGUCUUUACUGGAAUUGUCUCACAACCAUAUCUGAUGGAAAACGAACAUUGUUGGGAAGUCCAGUGUACUUCAAAGACUUUUGCGAUUGAACUUUAAUUCAGUGAAUGUUCAAAAAGGCUUGACUGUGCACAAACCAUUAUUGUAACUUGGUUAAUGCUUAAACAUGUCACUACUGUAAAUGAUGACUUUAUUGUAAAGGGAAAAAAUAUUGACUUACGUGACGUGAAAGUGCGAAAAUUUCUAUAAAAGAAACUGACUUUCAUCGUCCUUCAAACCAUGCUGAUUAAUAUACUGCACUCCAAUACGGUUUCCAUUCCUAGAAUCGAAUUUUGUAUUUGUAUAGAUCCGAACAAGUCUUCGCAACUUCUCUAAUGGAACGUGCUUGGAAUACAGAUGUAUGGAUCGGUUUAUCUGAUGAAAACACAUCCAAUACUUUCAAAUGGUCUGACGGAAUACCAGUUAGUUGGACCAACUGGGCCGUGGGAAAUCCACGUGGUGCGUGGACUGGGGACCACCAAUGUGUAUACAUGAAUCUUGAAAGAACAACAAAAGAAUUGAUGUAUUGGAGAGGCGGAGAAUGUAGUGAAAAAAAACUAUUCAUUUGCAAAAAGAUAAUCAGUAAGUUCUACAGUGGUUACGAAUUUUAUAAAUAG